GCUACUUGCAUGAUGCUGUCUUUAUCUUUAGCGCCUGCUGUAUCGACACAUAUUCGCGACAUGCCGUCAAUAUCAACUCUUCCUACGAGAUUGCCGAGCAUCGAGAUUGGGAUUCAGUCUCGAAUGAACUAUGUCAAAGAUAUAAUAACCGGCCAAAGUCACAUGGUCCUUAUAAUCUGCUCAAUCUUUGUUGGAGGUGUGGUCAUCGUGGGCAUCUUCUUGGCCCUGAGGUCGUGUGCACGAAGAUGCCGGACAGUGUUCAGAGGUCACCACAGCGUUUGGGGAUCUCUUGAUGCCGCCGAGCGGGGCGAUGCGAACGACAUUGUCUCCCUUGCUCCACAUGAAGAUUUCACACUGGCUCCCAACACCUCGUGGUGGGAGGUCGUGGAGAGAAGAGAGGCGGAAGAUCCCACUUUCGGUGAGGAUUUGGUGAUAGCACCAGAGUACUGUGUGGAAGACGAGGUUUUGAGCUUUGACCCCGACUACUGCCUGAAGCCGGGCGCCCUCUGGUGGGAGGUCGUGGAGGCCCAGGAGAAGGCUGGGAGCUGA